AUGCCGGAUUUCAAUGACAUCAACGUGAAAACACGCGGCGAACGGCGUGCAAGCGACGAGACUAACUUCCUGGCUUCAGGCAGAGACUUCUCCAUGUUCUCUCGUCUCCCGUCCUCUGCUCCGUCGUUCACGUACAGCAACCUGCCCAGCUUCCGCAACUCCAGCAGUCUGUAUGAGCCGCGCCAGCUCUCGACCAACUCCAACACGGGCAGUCUUCCUUUUGUUCCUCGAGAAUCGAUGUUGAACGACAAGUUUGUCCCGUCGCCGCGCAUUGCGUCGUUCUCUCAGCGUCCGGCGUUUGAGAGCAAGACCAUCAACCCGCAAAAACUGGCUAAGCCGGUCAAGCGUGACUCCACUGCACCCGAAACCGACAUUAUCGACUUUUUGAGGUGUCUGUUCAUAAUCCUGUUCGAGCUCGGCAAAAAAACCGCUCUCUGGGCGGUGUUCUUCCUCAGCGUCGGCGGAAAGCACCUGAUGAGGCUCAUUGAGAGAAUUCCUUUGCCAGAAACCGCCAGAAAAGUCGAAAGGACGCCGACCAAGCGCGACAUAGACGGAAUAACUGAACUAUUCAACAAGCUGGUGCCCGCUAGCGUUUCCACCCCGCUGGAAGGGUCUGAAGUUAAGCAAGUGGAUGACAGCAUUGCUGAUAGCAGAAAAAGCAAAAUCGGCCAGCUGGCCAGCAAGUUGGACGAGUCCAAGAACUCACCAGCCAGAGACUACGGAACUUUUUUCUACAAGCCAAAGAACGUGCGACCAAAUGUUAACAUCGAAGCCAUGUUUCUCAAGUCGAACUUCGGCCGAACAGAGGACUACAAAGAGCAUAAGCCGUACGAUCCAGACUCUGAGUUAAGGAGCAGAGCGUCCCAAUUGACAAGCUCCAUUAAAAAAAUGUUCCCGCUUGAGGAAGACCGGAAGCGCGACAGGAGAGCGUCCCGGUUCAGAGACCUGGAGUGGUUGAAAAAGGAUCACGUCGACUAUGUGGAGAACUUGGAGUCCACGGAGCUCUUCAAGGAGUAUCAGAAGAUCAUGCAAGAGCGCACCAAGAUGCAGGAACUGAUCAAGCUCACCAAGUCCAGAGACUACGCGAAGGUGAGACCUUUGAGCGCAGACCAGCUGGCCACGGUGGAAAAGUUCUGGAAAAGCAGCAACCCACGGCUCCUCGUGUCCAGCGCGUUCAACAUCGACAUAUACACCAGAGACCUGAAGACGUUGUGCGACAGAAAGUGGCUCAACGAUAACGUUAUUGAUUUCUAUAUGGGCUUGAUCAACGAAAGAGCAAAAAGCCAUCCCACGACAUUGCCGCAGAUCCACAUUUUCUCGACCCAUUUCUACUCGAACCUAUCCACCAGAGGAUACAACUCGGUGCGGAGAUGGACAAAGCGCGCGAAAGUGGACGUCACGAAGCUGGACUACAUUUUUGUGCCAAUCAACCUGAACCAGUCGCACUGGGCGCUGGGCGUCAUUAAUAAUAAGGAAAGAGCGUUUCAGUACUACGACUCGCUCUACGGAAACGGCGACGAUAUAUUGUACAACUUGGAGGACUACAUGGUGAACGAGACGAAGAAGUUGUAUGGGGACUCCAUGAACGGCAUCGACUACUCGCUGUACGACCACUUCGACUCCAUGAAAACGCCCAAGCAGGAGAACGGCUUCGACUGCGGAGUAUUCAUGUGCACGGUUGUCGAUUAUGUCUCAAGAGAGCGGCCGCUGCUGUUUUCGCAAUCGGACAUGAAGAACUUGCGGCGGCGCAUGGCGUACGAGAUAUGUACGAAAAAGCUGAUCGACCACUGA